AUUUUUAUUAACCACACACCAGGACAUGAACUCUCAUCCUUUGUAUAUAUAUAUAUCUUAAAUAUGGAUAUAGAACUCCAUCGCUCAAACAAAACGAAGCCUAGACCAUAGAGAAAGAUUGAGCUAGAGAGACCCUGAAAGAGCCCCAAAAAACAAAAACAAAAAAAGUCAUGGUGGAUGCAACAAAGAGGAGUGUCAAAGUUCUAAUGCUUCCGUGGCUGGCUCAUGGUCAUAUAUCUCCGUUCCUAGAGCUAGCCAAGAAGCUCACUCUCACUCACAGAAACUUUCACAUCUAUUUAUGUUCUUCUCCUGUAAACCUUGAUUCCAUCAAGUCAAAACUUUUGUUUGAUCCUAAGUUAAUCAAUUCUAUAGAACUAGUAGAGCUUCAUCUUCCUGAGCUUCCUGAGCUUCCUCCUCAAAACCACACAACCAAAGGCCUCCCACCACAUCUCCUACCCACUCUCAUGAAAGCCUUUGAAUUGACAAAGUCUAACCUCUUCAAUAUCCUUGAAACACUAAAACCAGAUUUCAUCAUCCAUGAUUUUCUUCCUUCAUGGGUGCCUCAUUUAGCUUCUUCUCUCAAUAUUCCAAAUAUUGCUUUCAUUACAAGUGGAGCUUCAAUAAUCUGCUUUUCCUUUCACUUUCAAAAGAACACUAUUGAUGAGUUUCCAUUUCCUGAAAUCUGCCUAGAUUCUUUGAUACAAGAGUUUAAUCGAAUGCGCGAAUCUUCUUUGAUAAACAAUACCGGUGGUGACCCUCACCAGUUCUAUAACAGAUCCUGUAAAAUCAUUCUGAUAAAGUCUUUUAGGGAGCUCGAAGGGAAAUAUAUGGAUUAUCUUUCUUCUUCUUUUGGCAAGAAGAUUGUCCCCGUUGGUCCUCUCGUUCCGGACCCUGUUGACGACGACGAGGGCAUAGACAUCAUCAAAUGGCUUGACAAGAAAGAAAAAUCAUCAACAAUUUUCGUGUCAUUUGGAACUGAAUGCUAUUUGUCAAAGGAAGAUUUGGAGGAGAUGGCUCAUGGACUAGAGCUUAGCAAGGUGAAUUUUAUAUGGGUUGUUAGGUUUCCAGAAGGAGAGAAAGUGAAGCUUGAAGAUGCUCUUCCAAAAGGGUAUUUAGAAAGGGUAAGAGACAGAGGAAUGAUUGUUGAGAAUUGGGCACCACAAGUUAAGAUUUUGAACCAUCCAAGCAUAGGUGGGUUUUUGAGCCAUUGUGGAUGGGGUUCAUUCAUGGAGAGCAUAAAAUUUGGGGUCCCAAUCAUAGCAAUGCCUAUGCAAUUUGAUCAACCAUUGAAUGCAAGACUAGCUGAGAUUUGUGGGAUUGGUUUGGAGAUUAAGAGGAGCAAAAAUAAUGGAGGGAUUGAAAGGGAAGUUGUGGCAAAAGUGAUAGAAGAAGUUGUAGUUGAGGAAAGAGGAGUGAAUAUUAGGAAGAAAACUAGAGAAAUGAGUGACCACAUAAGAAUGAAAGGUGAGGAAGAGAUUGAUGGGGUUGUAGAAGAACUUUUGAAGCUCAAUUUGUGAGAUGUAAUAAAUUAAAUGGAGUUUUGAGCAUAUACAACAAGAUGUGCAAGCCUACACAUAGAGAAUCUUUUUCAGCAUAUGUAUUUGUUUAUAUACGAAAAUACACUACAUAUUGCAACAUAAAAGCGCACCAUCAAGCUCGGGUGUAUGUAUUAUCUGUCCGGAAGGGCAUGAUCAUUUUUCCAUAAUAGUUGCUUUAGGGAGUUUUCUUGAACUGUUUGUUUCGAAAAGGCUUCAAUGCAUGAUAUUUUGGCAUUAUUCUUUGUAUUAAGCCUUGAAUAUAUAUCCCAACUGAUUUAAUAAAUCAAUAAUAAAGUGAACAAAUUGUUUACUGUGAUAAUA